UUAGGUACAUAUUGAUAAGACAUUUUUAGUUGUAUCUUUUAGAUUAUGUGAAAGAUAAGAAUAGUAUUGCAUCUCCAAGUAAAUGAUAAAAUGUUCAUUGCCACGUAAAACGAGCUCGAAUUCCACCGUUGUCAAGAGGCAAUUCAAAAUGGCAACCAGGUGGGGCAUCGCUGGAGCUGGGCUGAUUUCUGCUGACUUUGUAACUGCACUGGAGGAACUCAAAGACCACAAAGUAGUUGCUGUUGCAGCCCGCUCGCUGGAGAGGGCACAAGAGUUUGGAAAGAAAUAUGGAGUUGAGAAGACAUACAGUUCUUAUGAAGAAUUGUCUAAAGAUCCUGACAUAGAUGUUGUCUAUGUUGGGGUCAUUCAUCCUCAUCAUUUGUCUGUUUCAUCGAUGAUGAUUAGAGCUGGCAAACCAGUUCUGUGUGAAAAACCUCUGUGUAUGAAUGUCAAGGAAACAAAGCAGCUUGUGGAUUUGGCUCGAGAAAAGAAAGUCUUCUUGAUGGAGGCAGUUUGGUCAAGGUAUCUUCCUGUAUAUAAAGAAAUGAUGAAGCGAAUCAAGUCUGGUGAGCUGGGUGAGAUAAUACAAGUUAUCGCCAGUUUUGGGCAGCCAAUAGGACAUGUUGAUCGUAUUACGAAGAAGUCCCUUGGUGGAGGAUCUACACUAGACAUAGGUAUCUAUUGUGUUCAGUUUGCAUCCCUUGUGAUGGGUGGAGAAAAACCUGUGAAGGUUGUGGGUGGUGGUCAUUUGAAUUCAGAGGGUAUUGAUGAAACAACAAGUGCCACCCUUGUGUACUCUAACGGUCGUGUUGCUACGUUGAUGUGUUCUUUAAGGUGCGCUUUGCCUUGUGAAGGUGUUGUUGUUGGCACCAAAGGAACUCUGAAGGUGAAUUAUCCCAUGUGGUCCUCAGAAUCCCUUGAAUCGCCAUCAGGAAAAUUUGAAAGUCUUCUACCCAAGGGCCGUACUUUCAAUUUUGUCAACAGCCAAGGGUUAAUGUAUGAAGCAAUGGAAGUUCGAGAAUGCUUGAAAAAAGGAUUAUUGGAGAGCUCAUCAAUGUCAUUGGAUGAAACUCUCAUUUUGGCUGAAAUCAUGGAAGCUAUGAGGAAGCAAGUUGGCGUCUCCUAUUCCCAGGACAGCUAAAUUGGUUUUGUAGUACUUUUAGUACUGAAGAGGUGUUGUGACAUGAGUGCUAAUGGCCUGCUCAAAGAAUAUCUUGAUUGUUUUGUUACUUUUAUAAAGAAUUUUUUAAUGAAUUCAUGAAAUGUAGUUUGUAGAGUAAAUGAGUACAUAUAUGAUGUAUUUUUGUAACAAAUUAGUAUUCAGCUUCUGAAUGAUGAACUCUGAUCUUCGGAUCACACAGUUGUUGUGAACACAGAAAUUUCUGUUCCCUUUGAAAUUAUGAUAUUUUCAAUAUGAAAAUAAUGCUUUGUCUUCACAUAUCAAUGAUUAUUUUGACCAGCAGUUGCUUUGCAUUUUAAGCUUGCUUCAUUGCUUCCCUGACAUAAGAGCUCAUGUCUCCUUGCAGUCUCAUGCCAUGUAAUUGUUUGACUUUUGAUUUUUAUUUAGGCAAUUUUUAUUCUAAGUGCAACAGUCUUGUAUUGUUAACCUUAAUUAAAAUUUAAUUUGUAAUUGAAA